AGCACGCAUCUCACUCUACCUCGCAGAGCAAAGAGCAAGAGACCAUGUCUAGCAAGUCGUUGAGCAAGGAGUCGAGCUGGGCAGAGCUUGCGGCAGGAGCUAUGGCCAGUCGGCGACUCGACCGCGAGCGGGCACUGCUCCGGGCGAGGGAAAAGGCCGGCGAGGAGAGCGAGACAGACGCUGCGGUCAUUGGCGAUGCCGCCUUUGGUCAUGAUUCUGCUGCAUCUGCUGAUGAUGCGUCAUGGGAAGCCAUCGAAGGUGCUUUUCUUCUGGUUCGCAUCGCUCUCGAGGCAAAGCUGCCUGGCCACGCAGCGUUGGCCCUCUCGGUCGCCGACCGUGUUCCGUCGGCCCUGGAGCACCUUGAGCCGCGAGUCCGCUUUGCUGUCGCCGAGCUGAUGGAGUUGCUGGCGAGCAUUCUCGGCCUCGAGUUCUUCAACAACAUGCUGCCAUAUCUGACCAACUCGAUUGUGACCAACUUUGAGCGCGAUGAGGCGGCCGAGGCCAAGGAGGAGGCCCAGAAGGCCGAGGCUGUGGUGGAUGCUGAUGCGGCUGCGGCUGCGGGUGCAGCGGCAGCGGCGGGCGGGAUGACCGAGAGCAUGCCGGCCAAGCCCAAGGGCAAGCACGAUACCGAGGGAUGGAAGUCGCUGGAGACGUCGAUGAAGGCGCUGCGGCACAUGCUGGCCGGGCUCGGCGGUGACGCGCGGGAGGUUGUCAACAGCGAGCUCCUUGCGCUGCUGUUCAAGGCGCUGCGACACACGAACCGGUUUGUGCGCGAGAUCGGGUACCAGACCAUCGACGCGUGCCUGCAGGCGUUUGAGGCCGCCGGGCAGGAGGCGAGUCUGGACCAGGCUGUGGCACUCGCGCCGGCGCUUGCCGAGCAGCUCGGGGUGGGCCUCGCCGACAACUGGUCACAGGUUCGGUUCGCGGCGUCGGUGGCGACGCGGACCUUUGCACUCCUCCUCAAGCAGUGGGCGCCAGAGAGCCUCGCGGCGGCGUACCCGAUCCUGCUCCCGCGGAUGUGCCUCAACCGGUACUACGUGGCGCAGGGCGUCAAGAUUUACUCGCUCGAGACGUGGCGGAUGGUGACGGACGGCGAAGGACCGGCGCUUGUGGCGCGGUACAUCGAGCCUGUGGUCGCGUUCUACAUUGCCCAGUCCGAGGCCGACAACCACGCGGUCCGCGAGGCUGCGUGCUACUGCAUCGCCGAGCUGGGGACCAAGAUCGACCGCGACGCCCUGGUGUCGCACGUCCGGCCGCUCCUCGCCGCGCUCAUUGUCUGCUUCCACGACCAGAGCUGGCCCGUCCGAGACACGGCGUGCACGGCGUCGGGCCAGUUUGUGGCUGCCUUUCCGGACGCGGUCGGCGACGAGCUGGAGGAGCUCUGGCACCUCUGGCUCGAGCAUCUGUCGGACAACAUUUGGAGCGUGCGCGAGAACGCAGCGGUGGCGCUCGGAGAGGUGCUGGGCGCGUACGGCGAGCCUGCGCUUGCGCGGCUUGUCGCUCACCUCGACGCCAACAUGGCCGCGGUGGACAAGCAGCCGAGCGAGUCGCAGCUCCACUCAGGCCUCGACAACACGACGACGUUUGGCGUGGCCGCCGCCCGCUCGGCGCGGGCCAACGACCCGCAGCUUCACACCGACCAGGCCAUGUUCUCAUGCGGCUCGCUGGCGCCCAAGCUCAAGCGCGGCGCCGGGUGCAUGGACCAUGGCUUCCGCCGUCCGGCCGAGCCGUGGGAGUCGACCGACGGCUGCGUGUAUCUGGUCCGCGAGGUGGCGAGCCGCGAGCCUGCCGUCGCUGCCCGCUACCUACCGGGACUCGCCCACGCCGCCUCGAUUACCACAUUUACCCACUGGACCUCGCUUGCCGAAACGGUGUGGAAGCAGCUGCCGGCGGUGCUGAAGAGCGUCGGCCCGGCCGCCGCCGUUGACUACCUCCCGGCCUUUGCCGCGCCGCUCAAGACUGUUGUCGAGCUCGGUACCCGCCUCGCCGCCCACACUGCAGCCUACGCCGUCGCCGACCUCAUCGCCGACCUCGGCGCCGACGUCGUCACCCCGAUCCUCGGCUCAGUCGAGGUGACGCCCGACGGGGGCGUUGUCCACAACGACCCGUAG